AUGGAGGCUUUGGAGCACUCCUCAACAGACAUCCACGGGUUGGUAACAGUAGAGGUAAAAGCAUGGGUGAAUUCUCUUUCUAUGGGAAUGGUCUUCUUCUGUUCUCCAAUAGUCAGCAUAUUCACAGACCUGUUUGGUUGUCGAAAAGUAGCUGUUGUUGGCGCUGCAGUGGGAUUUGUUGGACUCCUUUCAAGUUCUUUUGUAAGCACCAUUGAACCUCUGUAUUUCACCUACGGAAUCUUAUUUGCCUGUGGCUGCUCAUUUGCGUACCAGCCAUCCUUGGUCAUUCUCGGGCACUAUUUCAAGAAACGCCUUGGACUGGUGAAUGGCAUUGUCACUGCAGGCAGCAGCUUGUUCACUGUGUCACUGCCCUUCCUCUUGCGAGUUUUGAUCGAUUCCGUUGGCUUAUACAACACCUUGCGGGUCCUCUGCAUCCUUAUGUUUGUUCUGUUCCUGGCUGGCUUUACGUACAAACCCCUUGUUUCCAAUGCCAAAGACAAAGAGGGAGGAAAGAAGGGAAAGUUCAAAUUUCCUCCUGAAAAAAAGAUUUGCAACUUCUCUGUUUUCAAAGUUCUCAGUUACCGUAUCUGGGCUUUUGGGAUCCCAGCUGCACUUUUUGGAUACUUCGUGCCUUAUGUUCACUUG